CUUGUACCAGGCAGGUCCCUUCCUGCCACCACGUGCUUCUAACGUGCUGCCGUAAAGGUGUCUCACUUGGGAUGACUGAAGGUACUUCCAGCACAUAGGAGUCGUCCACUGCCCAGACACACCCACUGCCUCUGAGGGGCCUAGGCCCCACUGCAGUUUCCGGCUGCCUGUUCAGAAGUAGAUCACCAGGCCUUUCUUCUGAGGCACCUCGAGGUGGAUUAGAACCUCCAGUGUUUCAGUAGCAGUUGAGUGUUUACCUUUGUACCCCCAAGGGGCUUUACUUUUCCUUUCUCCAGCCCCCGUCCUCUAGAAGCAAAGCUGCGCAGACCCCUGUCUGUGAUGCGCCUUCCUCUCCUGAGUCAUCAGCACUGGGACAGGUUCUGGUCCCGGCCUCACGCCAGUCUGCUCCGGUGCCCUUCCCUCUUUCCCACACACCCUGCUUCUCCCACAGGCCCCUGCACCUCAGCUUGUUCGCUGCCUGCAGCCGAAGGACCAUGGGCACCGGGAGGCCAUCCUGCUCAGGUCCCCUGGCUCGGCCCCUACUGGGAGCCUGUGCCUUCGCCCUCUUGGCCACAGCUGCCCUGGUGGGGCAUGUCCUACUGCAUGACUGUGCCGUGGUUCCCCGGGAGCUGGCCGGGUUCAUGCGAGGACCAGAGGAAGCUGACCCAGCUCGAAGCCCAGGAUCCAGGCCAGCGCCGCAGCGCCUCAGCAUGCCUGGGCUAGCGCCGACGCAGUGUGAAGUGCCCCCCAACAGCCGCUUUGACUGCGCCCCUGAGACGGCCAUCACACGGGAACAGUGUGAGGCCCGAGGCUGCUGCUACAGCCCUGCAAGCCUAAGCCCCCGCGGGCCCCGGAUGGGGCGGCCCUGGUGCUUCUUCCCCCCCAGCUACCCCAGCUACCGGCUGGAGAACCUCACGGCCACCGAGACGGGCUACACGGCCACACUGACCCGUGCCACGCCCACCUUCUUCCCCAAGGACAUCCUGACUCUGAGGCUGGAGGUGCUGAUGGAGACCCCGAGCCGCCUCCACUUCACGAUCAGAGACCCCGCCCACAGGCGUUACGAGGUCCCCCUGGAGACCCCGAAAGUGCGCACCCGCGCCCCGGACCCGCUCUACAGCGUGGAGUUCUCCCACGAGCCCUUCGGCCUGAUCGUGCGCCGGAAGCUGGGCGGCCGUGUGCUGCUGAACACCACCGUGGCACCCUUGUUCUUCGCCGACCAGUUCCUGCAGCUGUCCACCUCCCUGCCCUCACCAUACGUGGCCGGUCUGGCCGAGCACCUCAGCCCCCUGAUGCUAAACCCCAACUGGACCAGGGUCACCCUGUGGAAUCGUGACAUGGCCCCCACGGUAGAGCCGGAUGCCAACCUCUAUGGCUCCCACCCCUUCUACCUGGUGCUGGAGGAUGGGGGCUCGGCCCACGGGGUGUUUCUGCUGAACAGCAAUGCCAUGGAUGUGGUCCUGCAGCCGAGCCCGGCCCUCAGCUGGAGGACGACCGGAGGGAUCCUGGACGUGUACGUGUUCCUGGGGCCGGAGCCCAAGAGCGUGGUACAGCAGUACCUGGCAGUUGUGGGGCACCCCUUCAUGCCGCCCUACUGGGGCCUGGGCUUCCACCUCUGCCGCUGGGGCUACUCCUCCACCGCCAUCACCCGCCAGGUGGCGCAGAACAUGACGGCCGCUCGCUUCCCCCUGGACGUGCAGUGGAAUGAUGUGGACUACAUGGACGGCAGGAGGGACUUCACCUUCAACCAGGACAGCUUCGCAGACCUCCCGGCCCUGGUGCAGGAGCUGCACCAGGGCGGCCGGCGCUACAUCAUGAUUGUCGAUCCGGCCAUCAGCAGCUCGGGGGCCGCUGGGAGCUACAGACCAUAUGACGAGGGCCUGAGGAGGGGGGUCUUCAUCACCAAUGACACCGGACAGCCGCUGAUUGGGAAGGUGUGGCCCGGGGCCUGCGCCUUCCCUGACUUCACCAGCCCCGAGACGCAGCGCUGGUGGGAGGACAUGGUGGUGGAGUUCCACAGCCAGGUGCCCUUUGAUGGCAUGUGGAUCGACAUGAACGAGCCGUCCAACUUCGUCAAAGGCUCAGAGGUCGGCUGCCCGGACAACGAGCUGGAGAACCCGCCGUAUGUGCCAGGUGUGGUGGGGGGGACCCUGCGGGCGGCCACCAUCUGUGCCUCCAGCCACCAGCACCUGUCCUCCCACUACAACCUCCACAACCUAUAUGGGCUGACCGAGGCCAAAGCCUCCUACAGGGCCCUGGUGAUGGCUCGGGGGACUCGUCCCUUCACCAUCUCCCGCUCCACCUUUGCUGGACACGGCAAGUAUGGCGGUCACUGGACAGGGGACGUGGGGAGCAGCUGGGAGCAGCUGGCCUUCUCGGUACCAGAAACCCUGCUCUUCAACCUGCUGGGCGUGCCGCUGGUGGGCGCGGACGUGUGUGGCUUCCUGGGCCACACCUCGGAGGAGCUGUGCGUGCGCUGGACCCAGCUGGGCGCCUUCUACCCCUUCAUGCGGAACCACAACGACCUGCACAGCCUGCCACAGGAGCCGUACCGGUUUGGCGAGCAGGCGCAGAGUGCCAUGAGGAAAGCGCUGGGCCUGCGCUACGCACUGCUUCCCUACCUCUACACGCUCUUCCACGCGGCCCACGUCCGGGGCGAGACCGUGGCCCGGCCCCUCUUCUUGGAGUUCCCCCAGGACGCCCACACCUGGACUGUGGACCGCCAGCUCCUGUGGGGGGCAGCGCUGCUCAUCACCCCAGUGCUGGAGCCCAGCAAGACUGAGGUGACCGGCUACUUCCCCAGGGACGCGUGGUACGACCUGCAGACGGUGCCAGUGGAGGUCCUGGGCAGCCUCCCACCUCCACCUCCCGCCCCCCGCACCCCGGUCAUCCACAGUGAGGGACAGUGGGUGACCCUGCCUGCCCCCCUGGACACCGUCAACGUCCACCUGAGAGCCGGGUAUAUCCUGCCCCUACAGGGCCCAGCCCUCACUACCACCGAGUCCCGCAAGCAGCCCCUGGCCCUGGUGGUGGCCCUGAGUGGGAGUGGCGAGGCCCACGGGGAGUUGUUCUGGGACGACGGGGAGAGCCUGGGUGUGCUGGAGCGCGGCGACUACACGCUGGUGGCCUUCCAGGCCCAGGACAACUCUGUCACCAACACGCUGGUGCACGUGAGCAGUGAGGGAGCUGGCCUGCAGCUGCGUGAGGUGACCGUCCUGGGUGUGGCCACAGCCCCGCAGCAGGUCCUUUCCAACGGUGUUCCAGUCGCCAACUUCACCUAUAGCCCAGACACCAAGGUCCUGGGUGUCCCUGUCCUGCUCUCCGUGGGACAGCAGUUCCGGGUAAGUUGGUCCUGAGUCAGCUGGGCACCCUCUGGAGACGGAGCCUGGUCCUCGGGCCAGCUGCCGGAAUGCACCGACCUCUAAGGUUGGGACUUGCUUCUUCGUCUACCUCCUGGCUCUGUGGCCUGUCCACCCCCAACGAGCUGAGUCCCAAGGGCCCUCCAUGGGCACCCUGGCCCAGGCCGGAUACAAGCAGCCACAGUCAACGGUGAUGCCCGGCCGAGCCAUCUCCUAACACCCCCACCCCCGUGCUUCUGCCAGAUGGCAGCUGGGUGGGAGGGAGCUCACGGGAUUGCCUACCAAGAAGGCAGACGUCCACCUUGAGUGCAGUGAUUAGAAUAAAGGAGCAUUUGGUGCCAUUGUA